GACACCUCCUCCUCCUCCUCCAGCGGCGACAAGUACAGAGAAUCGACGAAGGAGAAUUGAGCGAAUUAUCUACUUUUCCGCUCCUCUUCCUGGACGUAACGAUCAGCGAGGUCCCGGCUCUCUGCACGCCGUUAUCGAGCGAGCCGCGGCCGCCCCUGAUUGUCGUCAAUAAGCGGUGGGAACGGGACCGGUGAUUUGGAGGGGGGGUUCCCCGGCAGAUGAUGCCCUUUCCAGCGGGCCGCUGAGGAGCAGCCCCAACCUCCGGCUUCCCUCCGACAGUUUCGUGUUGUUGUUGUCGCGGCGCGGUUGAUGCGGAGGUGAUGGACGGUCCUCUCCGCCGCCCAGCGGGGAUCCUAGGCUCCCCCCCGGCUUCUGGGAGCCAGCCCACGGGCUCCGACAUGCUCACCUCCGGCAGCAGCAGUAGCAAGCCUCUCGCUUUCUCCAUCGACCGGAUUAUGGCCAGGACGCCCGAGCCCAAGUCAAUACCGCUCCCCAGCUGGUUCCAGCCCGCUCCCGUGGGGAAACCCGACGUCUGCCCGUCCUCGCUUCAUUGUAUGAUACCGCUGGUGCCGCUCGGGUACGAGCCGGGCCACAGGCUCAGCAUCACCGGGCUGGAUCCGGGUCACUUCGAGGCGUCUUCAGUCGCCGCUCCCUCAGACUUUUUGGGCUUUGGGUUGAACUAUAAGAACCAGCAGGAGGACUCCGCUGUGAGCCAAAGCGCCGGCCAGUACAAACUCUUCAGACCCCGCGUGGUGAACCAGUCCUCCUUCCCCACCAUGGGCACCGUGUGUUACCUGAACUGUAGCGGGGACACGGGCGCCUGUCCCCCGCCGGCAGGCCUGGUCAACCUGCACCCGAUGGCCUCGUACCUGCUCACCGCCCGGCACAAAGCCUUCAUGGCGGAGAAGAGCAAGCCGGGCCUUCAGCAGGCCGGGGAGCGGUACCCGGUGUCCGGCGUGCAGGCCUUCAAGGAGCUGUCUCACAGCCACAUCCAGCACUACAUGAAGGAGCGGGACCACCUCCUCACUGACAAGAUCUUCAAGGAGUCCGCGGCCGCGGCGGCUCGACUCAGCGGCUCCUGUCCCGGCAGCAAACCCAAAGUUUUCACCUGUGAGGUCUGCGGCAAGGUGUUUAACGCGCACUACAACCUGACGCGCCACAUGCCCGUGCACACUGGCGCGCGGCCGUUCGUGUGUAAAGUGUGCGGGAAAGGCUUCAGACAGGCGAGCACACUGUGCCGACACAAAAUCAUCCACACUCAGGAAAAACCGCACAAGUGUAACCAGUGCGGGAAAGCCUUCAACCGCAGCUCCACCCUCAACACGCACACGCGCAUCCACGCGGGAUACAAACCAUUCGUGUGCGAGUUUUGCGGGAAAGGAUUUCACCAGAAAGGCAACUACAAGAACCACAAGCUGACGCACAGCGGGGAGAAGCAGUUUAAGUGUUCCAUCUGCAGCAAGGCGUUCCACCAGGUGUACAACCUCACCUUCCACAUGCACACACACAAUGACAAGAAGCCCUUCACGUGCCCCACCUGCGGCAAGGGCUUCUGUAGGAACUUUGACCUGAAGAAACACAUCAGGAAGCUCCACGACCCGGCCAGUCCGCAGUCACCCCCCCAGGCCUGAGAGACACUGACCUCUGACCUGAACAGUGACUCUGCACCCUUCAUCCCAAUGCACCAAAAAAAAAAAAAAGACCUCUCCAUCAGAUGCAGAACUCAACUUUAGUCCUCAUAAGACAAAUUUACAAAAGCUCUGCAGGCAUCACAAAGUAACUCAUGAUUUCAUAUUCAUACUUUGGGUGGUUUGUUCCGUCAAAGCAAUGAUUUGUGCCCUGCAGCGAAACAGCAUGUUUUUUUAAAUCAAUAAUUGACGACCUAAAGUCCCUGAACUAUGUUCUCAAAGACUUCAUCUGACAACUCUCUUCUCCCCAGUGCAGCCAUGAAAUUCCUCUACCACAGUAUCCUCACAUUACAAAUUAUUAACUCAAAAAUAUUAAUUUGUACGAUCACUGUCCUGCUUUUGUUCCUUCAAAUGAGUGUCCUUGAUUGCUUGGACCAGUAAAUAUUCCCCUCUCAGAUGCUUUGAUUUGACCCCUCUCUUCUGUCCUGUGCAGCCGUGACAUUUAAAAAAACAACCUUGAAGCUGGUAUUUAAGACCGAUUGUGAAAACUAACUUAAAUUCAUUAGAUUUCAGUCUUUUGAGACAAAAUGUCCUCAAAUUACAAAAUCAUUUCAUCAAAAUGCCCAUCUGUGUGUUCAGUGUGGUGCUUUUGUUCCAUCAGAUUACUUAUUUGUACCUGUAAAUUACUUAAUUAGGAUCCCCAAAUCACGGAAUUAUGCCGUUAGAUGACUCAUCGUGGCCCUGUGCUUCUAUCUUGUGAACCUCAGUUAACAUUGCAUUUUUAUGAAAUACAUUCUGCACAUGAGCGAUGUUCUUUAAGCAAAACUGAGGUCAUAGCACCCACUGAAGUCACUGAGAUCAUGUCUCUGGGUUCAUUGUGGAAAUAUCUUCUGAGGAGGAUUGUAUGAUCUAUUUCCUGAUCAGUUUCACCGGCAGAUUCUGUCAAAAUACCUUUAAAUUGGACUCUUUUAAUUUUGUGAACUCAACUUAAAACAUCUAUAUAAUUUCCUAUAAAAUACAAAUGGAAGUGCUGAAU